AUGUGUGGCACUCGAAGGCCCAACGGCGCCGAUGCCGACCUCUCGGCAAUGGCUCGCGCCCUCUCGCUCCAGUCUUCGUCCACGCGCGACUCGUCGCCCGCUUCUAGCGACCGCAACGCCUUUGAGCAGGACGCAAACACCGCAGGCACUCCCCCCGCCACUCGCGCAGACGCCUCCCACUACUCGGAGGCAGACGAGAAGCGUCUCCACGAAUCCGACGGUCACUACUGGGCCCACCGUCGCAUCUCUUCCUCGCACCCCGAGUCUCCGGCAAUCGACAUCCCCGCUAGACUCCAAGGCUCCUUCACCGCUUCGUCUCAGAACGACUUUGAACCCACUUUCGCCUCCAACUCGCUUGCAGAGCGUUCCUCGGUCUUCUCCGCCGGCUCCCUCCAGGACGAGCGAAGAUCCAACGCAGACCUCGACGUCUCGGGCGAUGGCACUCCCGUACCUCCUCCCAAUGUCGCAACCAUCUUCCACGAUGCUCCUGCCGACGCCCAGUCCGUGCCCAAACAUCCCUCCAUUCCUGCUGCCGUCAAUGACCACGCCGCCCACUUUGCCGCCUCUCCCGCAGAGGCGGCAGCCGCGGCUGCAGGUCUCGGCGCCGCCCCUCAUGCUCCCGUUGGCGCGCGAAACGAAGCCGACCACACCCACUUGAGCGCCUCCAACGUCGCCGUCCACUCGGAGCUUUCUGGCGAGCUCCGUGCCUUGUACUCCAGCCUGCAGACUUGUCUCGAGCUUAGGGACAAGUACAUGGGCGCCAGUCUCCAGGGCAACAUGGAGGACAAUCCCAAGAACUGGGAUGCCGAGUACUGUGCGCGUCACGCCGCCAAGAAUGGCGACACUCCCCUUCGCCACUCGGAGACGCCCGUCGCUGAGGGUUCGAUCAAGAUCGACGGCGCCUCCGUGGACGAAACCACGCAGAAACCCAAACCCUGGCGCAUCUACCCUGCCCCGCCCCGCCCCCACUGGGAGUUAUUCAACCCUCCGCCCGAGUCUUCGUUCGUGGUCCGACCCACCUCGGUCAACCCGCUACCCCCUCCCAUCCCGCCUGCCAGUCCCGCCAACGCGCGGGCUGCCCAGGCUCUGCUCGAGAGCACCGGUGGCAGGCCCGGCCAGUAUCGCGACGAAGACGUUCUUAUCCCUUCCAAGCACGUCUACAACGGUACACAGGUCACCUGGGACAUGGACGAGACCGGCGUCAUCCAGGUCUACCACGGCGACGCUCCUUCCGCUGUCUCGACACCGACACAGAGCGUCGACGACCCCGUCCUGGCCACCACGCACCCCGACUCCAGAAAGAAGCCUCUCUUCUCGGUCCCUACCAUCCGCGAGUACUUCAAGGAUCUCGACUACCUUCUCGGCGUCAUUUCGGAUGGCCCGGUCAAGAGCUUCGCCUGGCGCCGACUCAAGUACCUCGAGAGCAAGUGGAACCUCUACUUCCUGCUCAACGAGUACCGCGAGCUUGCCGACAUGAAGCGCGUGCCCCAUCGUGACUUCUACAACGUGCGCAAGGUCGACACGCACGUCCACCACAGCGCUUCCAUGAACCAGAAGCAUCUGCUCCGCUUCAUCAAGGCCAAGAUCAAGCGCUUCCCCGACGACGUCGUCAUCCACAGAGACGGCAAGGCGCUCACCUUGCAGCAGGUGUUCGAGUCGCUCAAACUCACCGCCUACGACCUCAGCAUUGACACGCUCGACAUGCACGCCCACCAAGACGCCUUCCACCGCUUCGAUAAGUUUAACCUAAAGUACAACCCCAUGGGCGAAUCGCGUUUGCGCGAGAUCUUCCUCAAGACCGACAACCUCAUCAAGGGCAGGUAUCUCGCCGAGCUCACCAAGGAAGUCAUGAACGAUCUCGAGCAGAGCAAGUAUCAGAUGGCCGAGUACCGCGUCUCCAUCUACGGCCGCACGCGCGCCGAGUGGGACAAGCUCGCCAGCUGGGUGGUGGACAACGGACUCUUCAGUCCCAACGUGCGAUGGCUCAUCCAAGUGCCGAGGCUCUACGACGUGUACAAGGCCAACGGCACGGUCGACAACUUUGAGCAGAUCAUCCGCAACGUCUUCGAGCCUCUGUUCGAGGUGACGCAGAACCCACAGAGCCAUCCCAAGCUGCACGUCUUCCUCCAGCGCGUCGUUGGCUUCGACCUGGUCGACGACGAGAGCAAGCCCGAGCGACGUGUGCACAAGAAGUUCCCCGUGCCCAAGCUGUGGGACUUCAAGGACAGUCCGCCGUACAACUACUGGCUCUACUACAUGUUUGCCAACCUCUCGAGCCUCAACCAGUGGCGCAAGCUGCGGGGCUUCAACACGUUUGUGCUGCGACCGCACGCGGGCGAGGCUGGCGACACCGACCACAUGGCGGCUGCCUUCCUGACGUCGCAGUCGAUCUCGCACGGCAUCUUACUGCGCAAGGUGCCGGCUCUGCAGUAUCUGUACUACCUCAAGCAGAUUGGACUCGCCAUGUCGCCGCUCAGCAACAAUGCGCUGUUCCUGUCGUACGAGCGCAACCCGUUCCCGACGUUCCUCAAGAUGGGCAUGAACGUGUCGAUCAGCACCGACGACCCGCUGCAGUUCCACCUGUCCAAGGAGCCGCUGCUGGAGGAGUACUCGGUGGCGACGCAGAUCUACAAGCUGACGCCGGCGGACAUGUGCGAGCUGGCGCGCAACUCGGUGCUGCAGUCCGGAUGGGAGAUGGAGAUCAAGCGCCACUGGCUGGGGCCCAACUUCCAGCUGCCGGGCCCGCGCGGCAACGUGGUGGCCAAGAGCAACGUGCCCGACAUCCGGCUGCGAUUCCGCGAGGAGACGCUGCGCGAGGAACUCGAUCUGGUGUGGCAGACGCAGCCGGCGGCGGCCUGA